AUGUCCGACGAUGAGGACUUCAUGCAGGAGUCGGAUGAGGAGCAGUACGAUUUCGAGUACGAAGAAGACGAGGAUGAGGACUCGGGCGAUGUCGAUAUCGAGAAUAAAUACUAUAAUGCGAAGCAACUUAAACUCAGCAGCCCGGAAGAGGCUGUGGACGAGUUCAUUGCGAUCCCCCAACUGGAGCCUGAAAAAGGUGAAUGGGGAUUCAAAGGCCUGAAGCAAGCAAUCAAGCUGGAAUUCAAACUUGGUAGAUACUCCGAGGCGGCGAACCAUUUCGAAGAGCUCCUCACCUACGUCAAGUCGGCUGUAACACGAAAUUAUUCGGAAAAGUCGAUAAACAAUAUGCUAGACUAUAUUGAAAAGGGCGCCGAUGGAAACGAUGCCGUCCAGAGCAUGGAGAAAUUCUACUCAUUGACACUCCAGAGCUUCCAGAGCACCAACAACGAACGGCUGUGGCUCAAAACCAAUAUCAAGCUUGUGAAGUUACUACUCGAUCGCAAAGAAUACGCAACCGUCUCCAAAAAGCUUCGAGACUUGCACAAAGCCUGUCAAAGGGAGGAUGGGACAGAUGAUCCGAGCAAAGGAACAUACUCGCUGGAAAUUUACGCCCUAGAAAUUCAGAUGCUCGCCGAGACCAAAAACAACAAGCAGCUCAAGGCGCUAUAUCAGCGCGCUCUUAAGGUCAAGUCCGCCGUGCCGCAUCCGAGAAUAAUGGGCAUUAUCCGAGAAUGUGGUGGUAAAAUGCACAUGAGCGAGGAGAACUGGAAGGAGGCCCAGGGUGACUUUUUCGAAUCCUUCCGCAACUACGACGAAGCAGGCUCGCUUCAGCGCAUACAGGUCCUCAAAUACCUCUUGCUCACUACGAUGCUGAUGAAGUCGGACAUCAACCCGUUCGACUCGCAAGAGACCAAGCCCUACAAGUCGGAUCCCCGCAUCUCAGCCAUGACGGAGCUGGUGGAUUCUUAUCAGCGGGACGACGUGCACGCCUACGAAAAGGUGCUGCAAAAGAACCAGGAUAUUCUUGCUGACCCAUUCAUUGCCGAGAAUAUUGACGAGGUCACGCGCAAUAUGCGCACCAAGGGCGUUUUGAAGCUCAUUGCCCCGUACACGCGGAUGAAGCUUGAGUGGAUCGCCAAGCAGCUCAAGAUUUCACAGCCCGAGGUCCAGGAUAUUCUCGGCUUCCUCAUUGUCGACGGCAAAAUUAGCGGCCAUAUUGACCAGCGCGACGGCAUCCUCGAGAUGGAAUCGGUCGCUGACGCGGAGCGCGUCAGAGCCAUGAGCCAGCUGGCCAAGUCCAUCUCUGAUCUCUUUGGCGCCGUGUUCCACGAUGGAGACGGCUUCCGGAGCAGUGAUCAGGGGGGCAUGGUAGACGGGCCCGCGUAUGACGGAGAGACGAUUAGGAUGGGCACCAGGAGCCACAGCCGAAGGAGCAAGACGAGCUCGCAAGCGUGGAUGUGA